AUGAAAGGUGGCCGAGGUCAUGUGUUUGGCGCAAAAGCGAUAGAAGAAUGUGCAGCACGUCUGAAUAUGCAACUGAUUAUACGCACACACACACCAUACGAGAACGGUUAUUUCAUGUUCGGUUCCGGCCGGAUGUUGACUGUUUGGUCAGCAAAUUGCCGGGGUGUGAAACUUGCAAGCACCGUUUGCGUUGAUCCACAGAUGCGUAUUAGCAUGCACUGUUUAACUCCAGUAGUUGUUAAAACUAUUUCUGCAAUGAGUAAUGUUGGAUCCACAAAUUUACAAAAGUUGACUGAUUUUUUGGGCGUUCUGUUUUGUUGUUAUGUUGCUGGUUUUGUAACAUUUGCAAAACCUAAUUUGUUGCAUGAAAUUAAAAAUUACAUCAUGAAGACCUCCAUUGUUUGUGCAGAGCCAUCCAUCUUUUCAAUAGAAAUACGUCUGUACGUUGCUACAUAUGUAUCAGCUCUUUCUGUUGGGGAAUAG